AUGGCAACUUUUAUGUACUAUCCUGGUCACUAUCCGGCUGCAAGCUGUGGCGCCGGUAAUUUUGGCCCGGUGAUGCAGCAACAUUCGCGCCCAGCUCAUCAUCAACACAGUUACAGUGUUGACUCUGCUGCGCGUCGCUCAGAUCAGGCUUCCAUGAAUGCUUAUGGUUAUUAUCCGCCAGCGCCGCUACAGAAUCUAUCGUCUUUUCAACCGCCAUUUUACCAUCAACCGGUUCUUCCUCAUCCCACUGUUUCUCAUCAUCGACAAGCCUCGAGCUUUCUGCAGAACAAUUUACCACCUUUGGGGAUGUACUAUACUAACGCUCAGGUCCCUGCAGAAGCUCAGGCGCCAGUUUUGCCAGCGCCAGUUGUGCAGGAACCAGCACAUGAGGAACAAGUUAAUGGUGGUGUGAAUCAGUUUUUGGACUACGAGUUGGAUAUGAUGUCAGAUUUUGUUGUUAGGAAUGCUUACAUAUCGUUUGGUUGCGAUCUCAAUGCCAAAUCAACCCAGUCUAUGGAUCUAUUCAUUAAGGGAGUUUCAUCGGUGUUGAAUGCGACCAGACUGCCAUCAGUUACUAUUUUCCUUGCUUUGGAUCUUCUUUCCAAAUAUAUCGAUAGACUGCCCGAAGGAAUUCAAAGCAUAGGUGGUGACUCGGUCAACGUCAUUUAUCAGAACACCAUGAUCGCGUUCGUUAUCGCCAACAAAUUUAAUGACGAUAAAACUUUCACUAACAAAUCAUGGACGCAGGCCACUGGUAUGUCAUUGUCGUUGGUAAACGAGUAUGAACGCGAUUGGUUAAGCGCUUUUGAUUGGAAAAUAUUUGACGAUAAAUUUAUCUCGUACGAAGAUUACUUGCAAACUUUUGAAGUUUUCUGCCAAGAGAAGAGAUGUCCAUCGCCGCCAGUUCUUCUGCCUACUCCUCACUCCUCUGAUAACUAUUUGUCACCGCCAUCAGGAUACGAAACGCCAAUUCAAGUUUCCAGUAACGUGUACUCUUCACCCUGUUACUACGAUGAGGAUAAAAAUGACUUCUGUUACUCUCAGCUCCCUCAGAGAAGUAUUAUGAGCUCACCAGUUAAUUUGAACUACGAUGGUGGGUACUCUGCCUGCCACAAGGAUUACAAGUUUUACAACUACAAUCCACAAGCCAUGAACAGGUCUUGGAAUAGUGAUGAAACCUGGAAGCAUCAACCAAAUCCAAACUUUGCUCGCUUUGACGACAACUACUAUAGUUACUCCACCAUUUUCUGCGGCUGA